GGGUUCUGGGAAAGGGCCAGAUUGCAUCAGACAGGGCCUGAGGAGGACACGUGGCCUUUAUAAGUUGGGGCCAGUGAAGAGGGAGGUGUCGGGAAACCGGACACAAACAAAGCUUUUGAAGACGACAGAGAGACAGACGGCAAGGGAGAGUCAGAUAUAAUGUCCACCUUCCCGGGAGCAGCCAGCCGGGCUCAGCAGCCCCCAGGCCCAGAGGACGAAGACCCCAGCCUGGAUGAGUAUGACCUCUAUAGCCUGGCUCAUUCCUGCCUGGGAGUGGGAGGCCGGAAAGGUCGCACCAAGAGAGAAGCUGCUGCCAACACCAACCGCCCCAGCCCUGGUGGCCAUGAGAGGAAGCUGGUGACUAAGCUCCAGAACACGGAGCGGAAAAAGCGGGGGGCACGGUCCUGAGACGGAGCUGGAAAACUGUCCCUUUCUUCCCUUGCCCCAGAUGAGGCCAGAGCACGGACACCACACAGCGACGAAGACAGGACCACGGAUCGGCACCUGGAGGCAGGAUCCAGACCUGCUUGCCCCCCACCCCACCCCCAGGACUUACCCUACCUGACCGAGGCUCCGAGGGGCCACCAAGGAAGUGACUCCAGCCCCAGAAAAAGGACAAGAUAGGAAGCAAGAGGCAGGGAAUGAAUGGAGAGGCAGAGUCGCAAAAGGUACCCCCUAAAAAGAAAGACACUGAAGAAAUUGGCUCUCCUGGAGUGUGGGAAGGAAGGACAAUAAACAAAGUACAUCUGCA